AUGACAGCUGACCCCGGACGCACACACACCAACACACAACUGUGCGACGGACCCCUCCCUCCUCUCUCUUUCUCACCCCUCUCUCCCCUUUCCCUCCCCUUUCUCCACCUCUCUCUCCCCUUUCUCCCCCCUUUCUCCACCUCUCUCUCCCCUUUCUCCCCCUCUCUUUCCCCUUUCUCCCCCUCUCUCUCCCCUUUCUCCCCCUCUCUCUCCCCUUUCUCCCCCUUUCACUCCCCUUUCUCCCCCUCUCUCACCCCUUUCACUCCCCUUUCUCCCCCUCUCUCACCCCUUUCACUCCCCUUUCUCCCCCCUCUCUCUCCCCUUUCUCCCCCUCUCUCUCCCCUUUCUCCCCCUCUCUCCCCUUUCCCUCCUCUCUCCCCCCCUCUCUCCCCUCUCUCCCCACUCUCUCCUCUCCCUCCUCUCUCCCUCCUCUCUCUCUUCUCCUCUCCCUCCUCUCUCACUCCUCCCUCCCCUCUCCCUCCCCUUUCUCCCCCUCUCUCUCCCCUUUCUCCCCCUCUCUCCCCUUUCCCUCCUCUCCCCCCCCUCUCCCUCCCCUCUCUCCCCUCUCUCCCCACUCUCUCCUCUCCCUCCUUCUCUCCCUCCUCUCUCUCUUCUCCUCUCCCUCCUCUCUCACUCCUCCCUCCCCUCUCCCUCCCCUCUCUCCCCUCUCUCCCCUCUCUCUCCUCUCUCCCCUCUCCCCCCUCCCCCCUCCCUCUCGCGUCACUGAGAAGCCGAGGAUGUUUCUCUGGUUUGUUUAAAUGUUUACAUGUGUGUUUUAACAGCUCUUUAACCUUCGCCUCUUCAACCCCUCUUCACCCUCCUCCCCCUCCUCACCCCCUCCCCCUCCUCUUCCUCAUGUGCUGGUCGCGUGUCUACUGCGCAGGCGGCGCGCGCACCUCAGUGGAGUCGCACGCGGCGCUGACUGCAGCUGAGCUCGUGCGCUCCUGUGAAGAUGGACGGAGAAGGACAGGCGCCUGA